UCUUCUACAGGUGAGGAUGGCUUAUUCCUGUUAAAAGCUGGAAAACAUGAAUUCCCAUUCAGCUUUCAACUUCCACAGGAACCGUUAGUGACCUCUUUUAGUGGAAAGUAUGGCAGUAUUCAGUACUGCGUGAAAGCAAUUCUGGAAAGGCCUGUAGUACCAGAUCAGAGUGUAAAGAGAGAACUUCAAGUUAUCAGCCAUGUUGAUGUCAACUCACCAGGUUUAUUGAUUCCUGUUUCACGAAGUCAGGAGAAGAUGGUUGGCUGUUGGUUUUUCACUUCUGGUCCAGUCUCUCUGAGUGCCAAAAUUGAGAGGAAGGGAUAUUGCAAUGGGGAAGCCAUACCGAUCUAUGCAGAAAUUGAGAAUUGUUCCUCUCGUUUGAUUGUUCCAAAAGCUGCCAUUUUCCAAACACAGACUUAUUUGGCCAAUGGGAAGACAAAGACAUUUCGUCAGAUGGUUGCCAAUGUACGAGGAAACCCUAUUGCUUCUGGGAGCACAGAUACCUGGAAUGGGAAAACUCUAAAAAUUCCACCUGUAGCCCCUUCUAUUCUUGACUGUUGUAUCAUCCGAGUAGAGUAUUCUUUAGCUGUGUAUAUCCAUAUUCCUGGUGCUAACAAGUUAAUGAUUGAAUUACCACUGGUGAUUGGCACAAUUCCAUAUGCUGGGUUUUCAAGCAGGAAUUCCAGCGCCGGCCAGUUGAGCAUGGACAUGAGUUGGUUGACAUGGACCAUGCCAGAACAGCCUGAAGCCCCACCAAAUUAUGCUGAUGUUGUAUCACAAGAAGAGUUCUCUAGACAUAUUACUAUUUACUCGCAACCAACUGACUGUGAGGAACAAUUAUGCAGUCACAUGUUUGCCUAUAUACAGGAGUUUCGGUUUCAGCCUCCACCUCUAUAUUCAGAGAUUGAUCCACAUCCUACUCAUAUAGAAGAAACACAGUCUGUUUCAUUCAUAGUCUAAACAGUAUUUGAAAUAUCUGUACUCUGAUGGAAUGGAAUCGCUUAUGCUUCAGCUGUUAGUAAAGCUAAAAAGAAACUGCUUUAUCAUUAAAAGCUUAAGUUCAGGAACAAAGUGCAAUUGGAGUUGAAAGUUUGAGUGUUUGGCUUGAAGAGAAUCACUUUUGGAUUAGUCUAUACAGGAAAUGUGGGUGUCAAAUUAUGAGACUGAGUAGGAACAGUCAAGAUUUGGGUGGGUGGGAAAUAUUUGAAAUAUUCAUAAAGAAGAAAUAUUAUAUAAAAUACAAGCAAGAGGAUGUAGCAAAGAAAACCAAAAAUGUAUGAAAGGACUGCUUGGAAGAAUCUGGAUUAAAGUAUAUUUGAGAGGCAGGAUAGACUUUCCAAAAGAUUCUCUUGUUACAGGGACUUCAUUUUGCACUGUCUGUAAUCAAGGAGAGGAUUGUUAAUUAAAAUUUAGAGUUCCAACUCGUAACUCCAGCUUAAAAAAAACAAACAUUUUCUGAGGACAUAUUCUUCGAACGUCAAUCAAGUGGUACUAUUUCAUCAUUCAUGCUGAAUUUAAAGUUAUGGAUGGCAAAAUAUAGCUACUCAUGCAAUAUUAUGAAAGAAUGUCUUUAUUGUAUGAAAGACAAACUACGUAAGGUGGAUUUUGAUAAUCGCUUAUGCACUAUGUUUUUGUUUUUUUCUUUUAAGGGAUGUCAAGGAAAUUAUUCUAGCCUCUUGUGCCCCUAUACCAGUUCUUUUUUCGUAUGUCUUAAGCUUGUGGAUAGUACAAUAAUGGGAGGCAGGGCAAGGAAUAGAAAAUGUCUUCUUGCCAAUAGCAGCUAUGUUUAUCCAAAGUGGAUAAUAUUUAUUUAUUCAAAAGCCUUUUAAACCUACCUCUGUCUUGGAUAUCUAUUUAGGGUCAGGCUGAGACCAAAAACAUCACAUUAAUCUUCAAAGUUCUAAAAGGGACCCUAAAUUUCUGUAGUUAACAAAUAAGAGGCAAGGGAUUUGGGAGGAAUAUAAAUUUAAUUUAGUCUUAGUUCACAUCUGAAGGCAAAGCAGAAAGUGAAUAAUGUAUUUUGACAACAAGGGAACAGCAUUCUUCUGUAAAAGCACAUACUUUGUCAUUAGAUCCUGUUUUUGUUCAGAGACCUAAUCUGUCAUCUAAGGCUGCACUGUUCAUUGUUAUCUAUGUGCUAGUAUUUUUGUUGUCUGUAGUUUUGCUUUGGUGCAAUAUUUUACUGUUUUCUUCCUCAGGUUACCUAGAACUGUGAGGGUUUUUUUGUUGUUGUUGCUGCUAAGGAUGAAGGUGCUGCCCUUGCUGCCUUCAUGUAGAGUAGGAUGUUUCCUACUAAACUUUAGUUUGUAUAGGUAAUCUAACAAAUGAUCACACUGUUAGCAGUUAAAAGGGCAUUCUCAAUGUGCCAAUGUCCAGCUUACAGUAAAGUGUAGGUUAUAGGGUUCUUUGAAAUGCUAGAACUACUUUAUAUGUCUGACAAAAGGGUUUUGAGUUAGAAAUUCUAGUACUUUAUAUGGUAGAACACUGUAUUCUGUUGAUUAAGUCAGUGUCAUUGCAACCUCUGUCAAAACCUGCAGUUUUAAAAAGUGUAAUACUUUUUUUUUAAUAUAAACUCAUUAUCUUCAUCCACUUAACAGGGAUUUUUCUGCCUGCAUAUAUAUUUUCACUCUGUCUUCAUGUUUUAGUAUGACUUUCUUCUUUAAUGAAUUAAUUUCUAGCUCUUCAGUUAAUUGACCCACCAUUAUGUGUAAUAGAUGUGGUACUGAUGCAGAGAGAUGUUAUUUUAAAACUGCAGGUUUUUUCAUUUGCAAGUUUAAGUAUUGUCUUCUCUAGUAAAUGCAGCCUUAACCAAAGUUUGAGUCCAUCUUUUAUAUGAUACUUUGGGUUGUCUUAGUCUCAACUUCAGUGUAGGUCUCGUGCCUUUUGAUGGCACGCCCAUUUAGUCAAUGCAGUAUUUUAAUUUAUAGCACCUUGAAAGGGAACACACACACACACACAUUGUUUUAACUAAAAUAUCAUUAAUCAGUCCCAAGUAAGCUGAUAGUCAUGUUAUUGCUGUUUAACUUUCAUGUCCGUCAUUCAGAAUAAUAGCCUAACAAAACUGAAGUGCUUAUUAUGACGACUAUAAAAUCUAAUGGUUGAUAUGUUACCUGAGUAGACUGUUGGUACAAACAUGAUCAUGCAAGCAAGAGCACGUGUCACUGAAUGGUAAAGUUCAUCUCUACUUUUAAAAAAAAAAAA